UUCCGGCGGCGGCGGCGGCGGCGGCGGCGCCGACGCCGAGUCCCAGCGGGCGGCGGGCCGGGGGGCGCCAUGCCGUAUGCCAACCAGCCCACCGUGCGGAUCACCGAGCUUACCGACGAGAAUGUCAAGUUCAUCAUCGAGAACACGGACCUGGCGGUGGCCAACUCCAUCCGGAGGGUCUUCAUCGCCGAGGUGCCCAUAAUAGCCAUUGACUGGGUCCAAAUUGAUGCCAAUUCCUCAGUCCUUCAUGAUGAGUUCAUCGCUCACAGACUUGGACUAAUCCCCCUGACUAGUGAUGACAUUGUGGACAAGCUGCAGUAUUCCCGGGACUGCACAUGUGAGGAGUUCUGCCCCGAGUGCUCGGUGGAGUUCACCCUUGAUGUGCGGUGCAAUGAAGACCAGACUCGGCACGUCACGUCUCGAGACCUCAUCUCCAACAGCCCUCGGGUCAUUCCGGUGACAUCCCGGAACCGAGAUAAUGACCCCAAUGACUAUGUGGAGCAGGACGACAUCCUCAUUGUCAAGCUGAGGAAAGGCCAGGAGCUAAGACUUCGAGCCUAUGCCAAAAAGGGCUUUGGCAAGGAGCAUGCUAAGUGGAACCCUACUGCAGGGGUAGCUUUUGAAUAUGAUCCUGACAAUGCCCUGAGGCACACCGUGUACCCCAAGCCCGAGGAAUGGCCCAAGAGUGAGUACUCAGAGCUGGAUGAAGAUGAGUCACAGGCUCCCUACGACCCCAACGGCAAGCCAGAAAGGUUUUAUUACAACGUGGAGUCCUGUGGCUCUCUGCGCCCUGAAACAAUUGUCCUCUCAGCCCUCUCUGGAUUAAAGAAGAAACUAAGUGAUCUACAGACCCAGUUAAGCCACGAGAUCCAGAGUGAUGUACUAACCAUAAACUAGCGGCAGCUCACCUGUUUCUGCAAAAAGGGGGGCAUCUAGGCCAGUAGCUGGCUCUCUGUUCUCUCCAGAGAUUCUUCUAGCUUCUGGAGUCUGGACAGCUGUCGCUCAGGCUGCUUGGCAAGUCAUCAUUAUCCACUAGAAAGGUAGCGGAGGGGAAAAAGGAGUCCCCUCCCAGCCUUGCUUAGUUGUACAGAUGGCCAGGGGUGCCACUGGUAUCUGAGGCAGUGCAGGUUUUACUAGACUUCUAGCUUCCCUCGUUCUGCCCACUAAUUACCAGUAGCAUUCCAGAACAUCCCUUCUAGCCCAUUUUAAAAUGUGCUAGGGAGAUGGGGGGGGAGGGGUUCUUCUGAGAACCACAGAGCUAGACUCCUCUUCUGGUCAUUUGGGGUCUUUAAACCCUUUCUGUCCUGUCCAAAUGUUGGGAGUUUUCACAUUUGUGCGUUGGGCUUCUGGUGUUAGGAUUGAGUCCUAGAACCUAGUGGUUCCCUACAAACCCUUCCAGUCUCUGCCCAGAGCCAGCAUACUGGUACUUCAUUCAGAUCCCCAAGUAUCCCUCAUUUACCUUUAAAGAAUAGCGUUAGACUCUGGCUGCCCCCCAACCCCAGAUAAACCCUGUAUUUCAUUCUCUACUCAUCAGUUACGAACUUCACUGCCAGUGGCCUGAUGAUUUAAGUUUGGGAGUUGGGGAGUGAGGCCCUUACUGAAGGUCUGGCCUUGACUCUGUAGCCUAAAGUACUUAAUCAGUCGGUGGGAGAAGCCAGGAGCAAACCAGAGAUCUGGUACAGAAAGGAAGGGAUAUUUAUUAACAGGAGUUGUCUUUUUAAAAGUUUUUAUUUUUGGCAAUAAAGAGCACAACAUAAUCUCC